AUGAUUAAAACCAAUGGCACGACAGUCACGGAAUUUGUUCUACUGGGCUUUGAAUACAUUCAGGAUCUGGCCAUUUUUCUCUUUGUCUUGUUCCUCAUCGUCUACGUUUUGACAAUAUUCGGAAACGUUCUAAUUGUGGUGUUGGUAUCGGUGAGUGAGCGUCUUCACUCUCCUAUGUACCUCUUCCUCAGAAACCUUUCCAUGUGCGAAGUUCUUUUCACGACCAAUAUAGUCCCCAAAAUGCUACAAGUCAUCUUGGAAGGGGGAGCUAAGAUAUCCUUUUCUGGAUGUGCUCUUCAGCUUUAUUUUUUUGGUGCAACUGGGAUCGCGGAAUGUCUUCUGCUGACUGUGAUGUCCUAUGACCGAUACUUGGCCAUCUGCAAACCUCUCCAUUAUUCCUCUAUAAUGAGUUUCCAACUUCAUUUAUACUUUGUCAUCUUCUCGUGGAUCGUAGCCAUGGCUUUACCAGCCGUAUCCAUAGGACUUAUUUGCCGUUUAUAUUUCUGUGCUUCCAACGUCGUUGACCACUUCUUCUGUGAUCUUGCCCCCGUACUUGAGCUUUCUUGUUCAGACACUUCCACAGUGGAAUUUGAGGUAUUUGCCCAAACUAUUCCUGUGUUUGUAUUCACAUUUAUUUAUAUUGUAGCAACCUACAUCACCAUUUUCAUUGCUAUCCUGAAGAUACCGUCCACGGUAGGAAGAGAGAAGGCCUUCUCCACCUGCAGCUCCCACCUAAGUGUUGUAUCUACCUACUAUGGAACUAUGAUUUCUUUGUAUGUGACCCCAACUGGAAGGCAGUCUAUAAGAAUCAACAAGACUCUGUCCUUGCUUUAUAGUGUGGUGACACCACUGUUUAAUCCAAUCGUAUACAGCCUACGGAAUCAGGAAAUCCGGAAGGUUCUAACAUCACUUUUCUUUAUAACAAAGUAA